UGAAACCAACAAGAGUCAAAGUGUUUCUAGAUGAGGUGAGGCUCGCCACACCAGAUGAGCUCAGAGAAUGGGAACUUGAGACUGCGAGCCAGGUGUCAAUACCGACUGUCAGACUGUUUGUGGCUCUUUACCCAUACAACCCUGCUGCCAUGUCGCCCAACCAUGAGACGGCUGCUGAGGAGCUGCCGUUUGUACCAGGCCAGAUAAUCAAGGUCUGUGGAGACAAAGACUCAGAUGGUUUCUAUCACGGUGAGUCUGGUGGUCUCUCUGGUUACGUGCCAGGUAACAUGGUGGCUGAAAUCCCGGUGGAUGAUGAGUACCUGAAGCAUCUACUCUUGCAGCAGGGAUUCCUGCCCGUGGACCACGAAGCAGGUAUGUCUGUAACGCCAGCACUAAGUGAGGUCACCAUCAUCCCUGACGAUGUCAUCGUUCGACGAAUGGUGGCCUUAUUCAACUAUGACCCGUGGGAGAGUUCACCCAACCUGGACAGUGAAGUUGAACUCGCCUUCCAUUCAGGAGACAUCAUAUAUGUGUUGGGUGAAAUGGAUCAAGAUGGAUUUUACUUUGGGGAUCUGCACGGACGGCGAGGUUUGGUUCCUUCAAACUUCUUGCAGUCGUUACCCUGGGAUUAAAAGAAAACUCCACUUAAGGAUUUUCACUACAAAUGCCAAGUCUUAGACACAGUGAGAGAUCCAACGUUUUUAUGAAAAAGAUGGUCAAAUGUACAAUCUUUGUGUCAAAAGGUGUUUUUUUAACAGUUUUAAUAUACGGCAGUGUUAUAGCUCCUGCUUUAGAUCUGACACUGAUGAGGGUUCACGCAGCAGACUCAUGACUAAACCCCCUGCUGGUUCGGAUCAGGAUGCUGCAAAGUGAAGAUAGUUCUCAUGGCGAAAUUUUCAGAUCACUUCUUUAUUGAAAUUUUUAAAGGACAUUACAAAUCAUCUGCUAAACAUAUACAAAAAAAAAAUCACAAAAACAAAACAAUGUGAAUUCCAGCAAGAGACAAUCUCUAAGAUACAUGAAAUAAAUACUUUGUCACACCUGAUGGCGAUGGGUGGAUGCUUUACUUUAGCCUUAAUAAUUCAGCUUUAGCUCAAGCUGUAUAUAGUAUGUCCUCAUAUGCCUUAUACCCUGUUUUAUAUUUUCUAUCAUUGGCAGAUAGUUUUUUUUCAUUCUUUAGGAGGAUUUUUCAGUUUUGCAAAAAAUUUUCAGUAAAAAAACAGAACAUAUACUUUGUACAAAGGAAAUGACUCAUGUUGUUUUCAGGUUAGAAAUGUAAAAACU